CACAAAUGGAAUAAGCAUCGCAUUAAUUCGCUAAUACACAAUUAACCAUAGUUAAAAGUAAAAAAAAAUAAUUUAUGAAUAAAAUCUCCUAAACUCGAUAUCUUGCUUCUUAAAACAAGAAACUCCAUAACCGUCCUUCACCAUGAUCUAUUCUCUCCCUAAUUUCCAAAUUUCACCUCCAUCACGUUCUCUUUCCGGAUUCCGACCGUCUAUCGCCGCCGGCGCCACCGCCACCGCCACCACCAUCACCAGUACUUAUGCUUCCAAAAAAGAGAAAGGUUCGACAGGCGGUUAUCUGAGUCGUCCAGGAAUGGUACUCUGUACGUCGUUGUACCAAGUGCUAGGGAUAUCCGUGGGUGCCUCAAAUCUGGAAAUCAAGGCGGCGUACCGACGGUUGGCAAGGGAUUGCCAUCCCGACGUGGCUGAAAUCAGCCGGAAAGACUUAUCCGCCGAGGAGUUCCUGAAGAUACACACGGCUUACAGUACCUUAUCGGAUCCCGAGAAACGAGCCGUAUAUGAUAGUAAGCUUAUCUGGAGACGCCAAAGGCCGUUGGUUUCGGCUUCUAGGUUUACCGGAUAUAAUAAGGGGAGGAGUUGGGAGACCGAUCAGUGCUGGUAAUCGAGUUGACUCACUCUCCUACUCACGCUACUGCAUGUACAGUUGGUUAUAAAAAGCACCAGAAGGUUUUGAGGGAGAAAUCAGAGCCGUUGAUUGUGCCAUGUAAGAGCGCUUUUCUUCUUCUUCUUGUUUUUAUUGGCUGAUGCACGGUAAAAAGACUAAAGUUGGGUUUAGAUGGUCGAUUGGGUGCGGUGCUUUUAAUUUAUUUUUUGUCUCACGUUACAGUAUCGUUACAGUAUUUAAUCUUACUGUCACUAUUAUUUUUAUACUAACUAUAGUUAAAUGCACCGACCAUUCAAACCGAGUGUGAGAAAAUACAUUUAUCGAGAAGAAAAAGCUUUCGUUUGUUUAAA